UCAUUUACAUCUCGUAUCUAUGGAGAUAAAUGCUGAUGUAGAGAGAGUCCUGUAGCAUGCAAAUGCUUUGUCAAGCUGGCUUCUCAUAAUAACGACAUGAUUUAUGGUAUAUAACCAAAUCGUAAUUCUAAUCGGCCCAAAGAAGCUUUUUAAGGGUAGAAGGAAUUAGACGACCGAGCCCAACACGGAGCUCACCUGUUCAUCUUUGGUUUGCGACAAAGAACAGGCUUGUGGGAGAUUGCUAUGUCAUUUUCCAAUUCCGCACUCAUAAUAUCUGUGUGUCUCGCCUUCCGCUGAGGAUAAUCGUGGGCUUGAAACGGCGUGAAAUGUGCUAUCAAUAAUCCAGGUUAACACUGUUAUAAUACCUUCAGAUCACGGCCAUGGCGUCACCAAUUUCAGCUUCUGUUUCUCUGUGUUGUUCCCCGUCCACAAGCACAAAAUCAACCAUCUGCCUGGUUCCCUACUCCAAAGCCUCAAAAUUUCACGUCUCUCCAUGGUUUUCCCAACUGGGUUCUGCUCAGUUCUCUUCAUAUAGUGGGCUGAGACAUCUGGGUAUUUCGAUCUCUCCGAAAUCUCUAAAAUUAGAGAGGAAGAGAAGGUGUAGAGGUAAGGUGGUUCAUGCUUCUCUUUUUGGGGUUGGAGCUCCUGAGGCGCUGGUGAUUGGGGUAGUCGCUUUAUUGGUGUUUGGUCCUAAAGGUCUUGCUGAGGUUGCACGAAACCUGGGAAAAACUCUGCGAGCAUUCCAGCCUACCAUUAGAGAAUUACAAGACGUUUCAAGAGAAUUCAAGAGCACCCUUGAGCGGGAAAUUGGUCUUGAUGAACUUUCAACACCGAGUUCAUACCGCUCCAACGCAACGAACAUUCCUUCACCAAUCUCCUCAUCACCUGCUAGCAGUGAGAAUCCGGGGAAUGUAGCCGACCCCAAUGGUGCUCUAUCCCCAGAAGACAAAGCUUACACCAGCGAGGCGUACCUAAAGAUCACAGAAGAGCAGCUCAAGGCAUCGGCUGCUCUACAGUUGGACCCAACUUCCACUUCCGGAGAAAGCCAGCUUAAACCAGAAACUCAGCCUCAAGCAACAGAUCAAGAAACUGCCUCUGCAACCCCUCAAACUCAAACACAAGUGUCUGACAGCAAGACAUGAACUUGUGCUGUCAGAGGAAUGUUAUAUCAUUUCUCGAUGGCCCCGCUAGAUGUAGUUGGAACUUCCAGAAAGGAUUCUUGGAGGAAAACAGAGAGAGAAUCAUUAGAAAUUCAUUAAAAAAUACGUACAUGCAUAUAUGUGUAUUUUAUUUCCGUUGCAAUAGAACUACUGAAAUUUUGGAAUUAUAUGAAAUCUUUUCUCCCCCA